AUGGAGGCUGGCCAUCAGGAACACGGGCAGUCGGACAACAGACGAUUUGGUCUCGUACUUGCCAAUGAGAGUGAAUUGGGCAGUGUCACAGCAUAUAACGCGGUACUGUUUGCUGGGCCUGAAUUAUUGGAUGAAAACAUAUCAUUACCUGAAGAACGGUUGCCAUCUCAAAAGUACGUAUUUGCAAGCAUAGAAUCUCCAGGAAACUAUCCUCUGUGCUUCCACAAUUUCAAUUCGUAUUUCAAUUGGACGUGGACGUAUAAAUUGGAAUCUGACGUUCGUUGGGGCUACAUUGUGGUAAAAGAUGUUAACGGCAAUAUUGUUGGUCCUAAGAAAGACAUGCAUUGGAUACCGUGGAGGGAUAUGGAUCCUGUGGAUGAGGAAUUUAAGUACCAGCUGAAGAGUAAACGUAAGGCUGUCGCUUGGUUCGUCUCGAAUUGUCGUACAAGAAGUCGCCGCGAGGACUACGUAGCGCACCUUAGAGAGGAGUUGUUAGAAAACUAUGAUUUAGAUGUUGAUGUUUAUGGAGAGUGUGGAGCGAACACUUGUCCUCGUGAUAAAGAAAAAGAGUGUGAUGCAAUGUUAUCCAAGGACUAUUAUUUUUAUUUAUCCUUCGAAAAUGCCUUAACUGAAGAUUACGUGACGGAGAAGUUAUUGCAUCCUCUGCAAAAUAACGCUGUACCCAUUGUUUUUGGAGGAGCUAAUUAUAGCAGAUUCCUGCCGGACCGGUCGUAUGUGAAUGCCAGGGGUAUGGGAGUAUCACAAUUGGCCAACUUGAUAUAUACCCUGAUUCAAGAACCAAGUACAUACGCCGAGUUCUUCAGGUGGAAGAAGUACUAUUCGUUCCACAAGACAACGGACUUUAAGGAAACAAAUGAGUAUUGUAAAAUGUGUGAGGCGUUAAAUAAUAACGAAUUAGUGAAAAAGCAUUCCACGGUAUAUUUAUUCAGUGAGUUUUGGGAAGUGUAUGAUACGUGUUGAGAGCAUGUACAUAAUAAUAUUAUGUAGGUUAUUUUAUUUCACGUCGAAAUAUGGUCAACAAAAAGCGAUGCACAAUGGCAUGGCCUCGACCAAUACGAUAAAAUGUCAAUUCAGGGUGCUGUAUUAAAUGUAGACCUAAGUGCUGUAAUUUAUAUUUUAAGCUAUUUUUAUCACCGUAAUUUUUACCUCAUUAUAAUAAAAUACAGGUUAAUGACAGUUUAUUCUGUAUGGCAUAAUUGUUGAAUGAAUAUUUGGUAUGAAUUUAUUUCUAUACAUUACAAAUAAAAGCAGA